UUCAACGAUUUCUUCUUUUUCGCUCGAAAAUCGCCGACCACGACAGGAGGUACAUUAAUAAUUAUAUUUCUUCCGUUUUCCACGUUUCCGUGCCGAUUCACAUUAGCCCGUUGGACCGUACGAGCUGAAAUGACGGUAUCGCAUUUACAUUUAUUCUGAAAUUAACAUAAACGCGUAGAAAGGGGGUGAAAUAACGGGAGAGAGGAAUAAAGAGAGGUCUGGUGGGAUUUCUCGUUCUACAGUCUGUCGUCGUGGCACGCGCGUAAUUAAUUAUCGAACGAUCCGCUUUGUAGAAGGCGAGGGUGCGCGCCCCGUGAUUUAUUCACGCGACCGUCAACGUUUCCUGAUCGUCGUAUUAAUUCGAAUAAUCGUCAUGCAAAUGCAUUGCUCUUCUCUUUCUCUCUAUUUACAUUUCUCGUGUUUCCUUCUCGUUAACCCUUUCGUUGUACGAUAUCAUCUCCAUUAAUUACGUCGAGCCAAUUCGAUCGUUCGGUAUUUAUUCAUCGAUGCGGUGUCGAAACGGUAUCGAGGCUGAACUGAUAGCUCUUGAAACGGUAUCGGACAAUACUAAUACCUUGGUUACGAACAGAAAGUGUCGAUACCAUCGACAGCGUGAUCAAACUUUUCAAGAAGUUUAUGAACACGAAACGUUUCUUUUUUUUUAUUUGUUCUUUAUUAAAUUGUUCCUGACUUGUUUUAUCAAGUGUAUUGAAAGGAAGCGUUUGGAUUUCGACUCAUUAGUCGAUUAUUACUGUUAUCAUUAGAGUAGAGAAGGGAAGAAGAGAAAAGAGAAAAUGGAAGAAAUAGGAGAAAGAGAAGAGGGAAAGUAAUUGAAGUGAAAGUACAUUAGUAUCUGAUUAUUUGUUAACUGUUUGGCGUAAGCAGAUCCACUGUUUCCUUUUCAGUAUUCUAGGUAGACUUGAAUAGCAGUUGCUGGCAAGUAGAUUUUUAUGCAUUUUUAUUCUUUGCAUGUGAACUUUGGAGUAUUUCCUUAUUUCCUCCUCCACAGUAGCGAUUUUUACAAGGAAACUAGCAUAUCCGGAAACUAGGAUGCCGAAUGCACGAUUUCGACCACUUUCCAUAAAGCCCCGUGUUAAAAUGGUCAACUUUGGGCGCCAUUUUGACUAUGGAGUAUUUCCCAUUAAUCGAUUUGGAUAAAACUUGGUACAAAUCAUCUUGGCGGCCUAUUCUAUGGAUUCCAUGGGGUAAAAAUUUGCCGGGACAAUGGGGGUCGACUAAGGAGGUGGCCAUCUCCUUUAACUACGUUAGUUUGAGAUAUUUCUGUGUUGUGAAUAUAGACUUUAGCAGAUGGUUUUUUAUUAAGAGGAACACGAAACGUGGAUCGAGUGAUUCGUAAGCAUUAGGUAGAUUUAUUCGCGAACGAAUUGUUUUUCAUUUUUCCUUUUAUUUUGAAAGUGAGCGUAAAGGCUGACGCAAACGCAGCUAUACUUUUUCACCGGUAAUCUGGCAGCAGCAGCAGCAGCAGCAGCAGCACUGCGAAACGAUGGCGGAUAAUUUCGGCGUAUAAACUUUAUAUAGCCGGAUAAGCCAAGCAGCUGUGGUCGCGCGAUAAAGCGGGACGGAAUCUCGCAUCCGGCAAAUUCCAGCGGGACGAGCCGCCGAUAUAUUUUCCCGGUUUAAUCGAGCGGCUCGAUUCCACGCGGCCCGACAAAUUUCAGGGGUUAGAUUUUCCGGGACACUCGUGGGAAUUGCUCGUUACUCGUUACCCGAACGCACAGUUAAUACGAAAGCGUUUAUUACACCGAUACAGUGUCACGCUAUCAUCGUUUCCACUCGCAUUUGUCGUUUCGUGGUUUCGUUGGCUUUCCCUCGAAACGUGUACCAGUAAAAUCAGUCUAUAAACCAGCUCGAAAACUCUUUUCCAUUCGCUUGGUUAUCAUUUCUGCUUUUAGUUUUUCCCUCCUCGCCACCAUGUAUAACAAAUAUCCACAACAAUUUCGCUUUAUUCGAAAGAUACUCCGGCUGUUCUACUUUGAUCCAACCUGUCGGGGGAAGGUUCGAUUACCGCUAUCCACAGAGUCGAGGGUGCUCGGCGAACUUUCGACGAGUGUAUCGCAAACCAAACCGAAGACGAGUAGUUGCUCGUGUCGAAAGCCAGUCGAGAGAGCCAGGAAUCGGAAGAAACGUGGAGUAGAAGCGGUUUCAGGGCGUAAAUAAACGAGAAGUAGACAGCUGUAUCGAUCGAUCGCGAUAGAACACGGGGUCCUCCUUGGACCCGUAGAGUGGUCGACCCCUCCGCGGACAAUUCGAACAGAGACUACUCGAAGAGAAGCUCUGUAUCUUCUUCUGUUUUUAUUUCUGCCGAGGUACACUGGAUGAAAAUAUGGAAUUUUCACGAUCAGUCGUCGUUGCAAAUAAGCUAGGAGUAAUAAAUGAAAACGGGCAAAGAAGGAAGAACAGCGUGGCAGAGGCGUAACUAUCAUAGCCUUAAUAGAUAGCGGUUUUACGUGGGUCAUGGUGCGUUGCACGAUGCUGCCAUCGCGACAAGGGGGAUAACUAUCGGCAACGCUUCCAUUCGCAGCCUCUGUCUUCGUGUAUGCCUCUCGCGAUCGAAAGGCACCUCGCUUAUCUAGUUCGAAUCAUUCUUUCGUUUUCGUUUUCAAAUUUCUUGCCCGGAAAUGCGGUAGUGAACGUGAAAAGGAAACGUGUCUUAUCGCGCGUCGCGCGGUCGUGAAGGGAAUAUUUCGGAAGCAGAGGAACGCGGUGAUUCUUGAGAGCUUCGCAUCGUUUCAUUUUCUCGAAACUUUUGGCGUGGAACAGGAUGCCAAGGAAACGAUGUUCAUUGACGAAGCUCGAGGCUCUGAUGGUGCUUAGUUUAACGGUGCUGGUGCAGCUGGACGUCUGCUGGUGCUCGCUGACCCACAGGAGCAGACAUCACGCGGACAUGUCGCACGAGGACGGGAAGAGCUUCAGAACUAGCGAGGAGCUGCCUAGACCAGCCGCCCUCAAUUCCAACGACGAUCCGCUGAUAGUUCAGACGAGAAAGGGCAAGGUCAAGGGUAAGACCAUGACUGCGACCACGGGAAAGGAGGUCGACGCCUGGCUCGGCAUCCCUUACGCGCAGAAACCUCUCGGACCGUUGAGGUUCCGGCAUCCGAGACCAGCGGAACGUUGGCCGGGAAUUCUGAACGCCACCACGCUCCCGAAUAGUUGCGUGCAGAUACUGGACACGGUGUUCGGCGACUUUCCAGGUGCGACGAUGUGGAAUCCGAACACGCCGCUCAGCGAGGAUUGCCUUUACGUGAACGUGGUCGCGCCACGACCUAGGCCUACCAAUGCCGCUGUUAUGGUAUGGAUAUUCGGUGGUGGCUUUUACUCCGGCUCGGCGACCCUCGACGUUUACGAUCACAAAACCCUGGUGUCCGAGGAGAAGGUGAUCCUGGUCUCGAUGCAGUAUCGAGUUGCCAGCCUUGGUUUCCUCUACUUCGGAACGUCGGACGUUCCUGGGAACGCCGGUCUGUUCGAUCAGAUGAUGGCCCUACAGUGGGUACGCGACAAUAUCGCUGCUUUUGGCGGAAAUCCUGAGAACGUGACCCUGUUCGGAGAGAGCGCGGGCGCCGUAUCCGUUUCUAUGCACCUACUUUCGCCUCUGUCAAGGCAUCUGUUCAGCCAAGCGAUCAUGCAGUCCGGUUCGCCGACGGCACCAUGGGCCAUCAUCUCGCGGGAAGAAUCGAUCAUGCGGGGUAUUAGAUUGGCCGAAGCGGUCGACUGUCCCCACGAUCGGGACAAUCUCCAGGAGGUGAUCGACUGUCUCCUGGUGAAGGAUCCGAUAGAGCUGGUUACGAACGAGUGGGGCACUCUGGGCAUAUGCGAGUUUCCUUUCGUGCCCGUCAUCGACGGCGCGUUCCUCGACGAGACCCCUCAACGUUCCUUGGCCACUUCUUCCUUCAAGAAAGCAAACAUCAUGAUGGGUUCCAAUACCGAGGAAGGUUUCUAUUUUAUCAUUUACUAUCUGACCGAACUGUUCCGCAUCGACGGCACCGAGGACGUGAAGGUCAGCAGAGAACAAUUCGUCAGCGCCGUCUCCGAGCUGAACCCGUACGUCAAUCAGAUCGGAAGGCACGCGAUCAUCUACGAGUACACCGACUGGCUACGUCCCGACGACCCUCACGUGAAUCGCGACGCAUUGGACAAGAUAGUCGGCGACUAUCAGUUCACCUGCAACGUGAACGAAUUCGCCGGACGAUACGCCGACACCGGAAAUACCGUCUACAUGUACUACUAUAAGCACAGAUCCGCAAACAAUCCGUGGCCAAGGUGGACCGGAGUGAUGCACGCGGACGAAAUCAGUUAUAUAUUCGGAGAACCGUUGGAUCCCUCGAAAGGCUACACGAAGGAGGAAGCGAACUUAUCGAAAAGGAUGAUGAGAUAUUGGGCGAACUUUGCGAAGUCAGGGGACCCGAACAUCGGCGACGUCGCUUCGUGGACGCUGUCUUACUGGCCACCGCACAAUGCCGCAACGAAAGAGUACCUGACGUUGGAUACCAACAGCUCCGAAAUCGGCAACGGACCUAGGGUGAAACAGUGCACCUUCUGGAAGAAGUAUCUUCCCCAGCUGCUAGCCGCCACGUCGAAACUAGAGCUCGGCGCGAAGGAGACGUGCAGCAGUACCAGCGUGAACGACGGGGGCCAUUUGUUGGUGGUAUUAAGCGUCGCGGUAAUCGGCAUCCUCUUCAGCCAGAGGCUGGCGAUCCGAGUGGACUCGGACGGCGCACCGCGGAUCUUCGACGCCCGAGGCUUCGUCUAG